AUGUUACUUGCGUCAGAUUUGGAAUCAGGAAACUUCAUCAUCGACCAUGAUUCACACUGCGACAAAUACUGUACCGAGACAAGUUGUUGCCAUGGUAUUGCUGAUUGUCGAUGCGGAACGUCCACCGGGAGAUAUGAAUGUGUCUGCAAGCCUGGCUAUUAUGGAUCUGGUCUAACGGACGACGGUUGCUUACCCUGUCCAGAAGGAACUUACAAAUCUGAAGCCGUACCCGGUGGUGUAAAAUCUUGCUUACCUUGCCCCGAUACACGAAUGACGUCAUCAGAAGCCUCAACAUCGUUGGAUCAAUGUCUGUGUACUGAAGGAUUUAAUAAGGAAAACAACGCAUGCGAGCCUAUUCGAUGUGAAGGCAUCUUUCCUCCUGAUAACGGCAGAUUUCUCGCUUGUGAUGGCGGGUAUAAACAAACUUGUACGACAUCUUGUGACAAGGGUUACGAUUUGCAAGGAACGGAAACGAUUAUAUGUGGAGCUGAUGGAUAUUGGAGUGCAUUGAAUGAAGAAGAAUUAGAAAUGUCGUAUUGCCAAGUUCGAUAUUGUUCACCAUUGUCUUUACCUGAACAUGGGAUUAUGUCGUGCACAAGUGAAGAUAACUCGUACAAAACAGUCUGUACAUUUGAAUGCAUUGAAGGUUUUUCUCUACAAGGUUCCGAAAGCAGGUUAUGUGAAGCUGAUCGACACUGGACAGGAAGGGAGGCGUAUUGUAAAGAAAUCACCUGCCCAGCAAUUCCCGAAAUACAGCAUGGAAUGUUUAGUGGAGAUUGUGAUCAUGAAACAAAGUCAAAAUACGGAGAUGAAUGCUCGUUCUACUGCCUUGACAAAGGAUAUGAUUUAGUUGCUCCACAAACUGUAACUUGUGCUGAAAACGGACGUUGGUUUCCAAAUAUCAUCAACGAAGAUUUAGUGAUUUGUAACGAUACUCUACCGCCAACAAUUUCGUGUCCGCCAGAUGUCACUGCUACAACAAAUAUACGGAAACCUUACUCUGAUGUGACAUGGCAACUCCCACUCGCGGAAGAUAAUUCUGGAGAGGUAUCUGUCACUCCUAACUGGACAUUUCCCGUAUCAGUGCGAAUCGGUGUUCAUAGUCUAACUUACGUCGCUACAGAUUCUUCCGGACUUUCAACAGAAUGUCAGUUUACAGUGACCGUAAGAGAUCUUGAACCACCAAUGAUAGACAACUGCAGAGGGCCACAACCAUUUGUAAUUAAUCCUGGAGACACAGAAGUACGUCAUGCUAAAUGGAAAGAACCAACGUUUUCUGAUAAUUCAGGAAAAGUUACAAUAAUGAGUAGUCAAACCUUCGGUACAUUUCCACUCGGUGUAACAAAGGUUGAAUAUCUGGCAACGGAUGAAGCAGAGAAUGAAAGAAAUUGUGUGAUUGAUAUCAUUGUUCAAGAUAACACAUGCCCAAGACUUGAGAAUCCUAGACAUGGAUAUAUUGAAUGUCAAUUAAGAAGAGAAGCAACACAAUGUGCAAUGCAUUGCGAUUCAGAAAGGUAUGGUUUUGCAAUGCCAUUCGGGGUAGAAUACGACAACCCAACAUUUACGUGUGACGAGGAGCUUAGUGAGUGGAUGCCGACGAGUAAAAUACCAAUGGAUUGCUCAAGACAAAAGUAUUCAAGUCGGAUAUUGAAAGAUUAUCAAGUAAUCUACGCCAUGGAGACUAUGACACAUUGCAAUGACAGCGUUUUUAUUGAAUCAGUGCGACAAUUAUUCCUGGAAAUCUACACUGACAGAGUGGCAAAGUGGUGCGCAACCUCUACCCACCCAUGGUUAAGAUGUACUCUGGUUGAUGUGAUAGUGAAAUGCAUACAAAUAGAAGACAAAACGAAAGUCGAGGCUGAUGAUUAUGAGGGAGGAGAUGACAGUUAUUACUACAAUUAUUAUGGAUCUCUUGGUGACGGCAAUGAAGAUCGACGGCGCAAACGAUCAACAGGAAAUAAUCCCAGACUACAUGAAGAUCACAUCAGAAAACUUCGAAGAUCUAAACGAGAAGCCGAUUAUAGCGAAGCAUAUAGUGAAGACGAUUACGCAAGUGAAGAUUACCCAUAUAGUGAUGAUGUGAAUGGAUAUGGGGCUGAUAAUCCAGUCGAAAAUGAAGGCGGUGAAGCUAUACCAUUGGAUACCUUAUUCGAAGCAGAAUCGGCUCCGAGCGAAUCUGACUACGGUGGAGAAAGGGUACCGGAUUAUGAAGAGAAAACAAUUAUGACGUAA